UUUACCUUGUCGACUCUUUCUCCCGGUCGAUUAACUAUUUUCACCCUUUAAGACAACCUGCUCGUAUAUAAAGUGGUUUCAAGUGGUAGACUCAGUACCAUUCAAUCGAUAGCGAUCGAACAAUAGACAGCCAAGUGAACAGGUACAGAGAGCGCUCAGUGUUGCAUUGUUUUAGUGCAAGUGUUUGAAGAAAAAUGUUCCGAUUUGUUAGCUGCUUUGCCCUGGUAGCCAUUGCUACGGCUGCCUACAUCCCGUCCGGUAAUGGAUACCCCAGCUCGAAGCAUGCCAGCAGGAAGGUGUUCCAUCACGCGGCCGAGGACGAACCGAAGGCUGCGUCGGCAGAGCAUCACCAGUCCCAUCACCAUCACCACGAGGAACAGGACCAUUUCGUCGAUUACUAUGCACCCAUCAACUAUAAGUUUGAGUACGGCGUGAAGGAUCCGCAUACCGGUGACCAUAAGACGCACUGGGAGGAACGUGAUGGAGAUGUGGUGAAAGGUGCUUACACUGUGCUGGAUUCUGAUGGUAGCUCCCGAUUGGUGGAGUAUACGGCCGAUCCUCACCACGGAUUUAAUGCCGUGGUUAAGAAGAUCGAGCACGCGCACAUCCCGAAGAAGGAACACCAUGUGGCGCCGGCUCAUGAGGAACCACAGGAGGAGCAUCAUCAGCAUCAUCAGGCCGAUGAGCAGGUGUCGCAUAAGCAUCAGCAUCACUACCAUCACUACCCGAUGCCCGAGCAUCAUGGGUAUGGGUAUGGCAAGGGCUACUAGAGAGGAAUGUUCUUCAAAUUACUGCUGCAUCCUGACCCUGUGUACCUGAGAAAGGGUUGUAGUUUGUUUGUAAGCAAAUAAUGUUACUGUUACUCGUACUGGUUUCCAAAUACACCCAAAGACUG